AAAACCAUCACCCUCGAAGUUGAAGCAUCUGACACAAUCGAGAACGUAAAAGCCAAGAUCCAAGACAAAGAAGGCAUUCCCCCGGAUCAACAGCGUCUGAUUUUUGCCGGCAAGCAACUCGAAGAUGGCAGGACUCUUUCAGAUUAUAACAUUCAAAAGGAAUCUACACUUCACCUGGUUCUGCGUCUUCGAGGAGGAAUGCAAAUCUUCGUGAAAACUCUCACCGGCAAAACCAUCACUCUCGAAGUUGAAGCCUCUGACACAAUUGAGAACGUAAAAGCCAAGAUCCAAGACAAAGAAGGCAUUCCCCCGGAUCAACAGCGUUUGAUUUUCGCUGGCAAGCAACUCGAAGAUGGUAGAACUCUUUCCGACUAUAACAUCCAAAAAGAGUCUACGCUCCAUUUGGUUCUGCGUCUUCGAGGAGGCAUGCAA